GCUUCGUAAACGUCAAAAACGAACAUCAACGAAAAGACGCAAUUAGAAAAUAUUGCCUAAUCGUCGCCUUCGUCGUCGUCGUCGUUGUAGAAAGAAAAAAGGACAUAGAGCCACAAGACAUCAGAGCACAAAACUAAAAUAAGUAUAAAAAUUGCUAAAGCAACACAAAUUCUCGGUGAUAGUGUGCCACAUAGAAACGAAAUCCUUUAACGAAUAAAAUUUAGAAAAACCCAUAGAAAUCCGGUGAUUUUUUCUACUACUUUCGACAACGAGACAGUGUAAUUCGAUUGAUUGAUUGGUCGGUUGUACGGUCGAACGGUCACUGACUAAGCAAGGAAGUAUGUCAUUUUCCGUUUUUGCCUUGCUGGAAUAAAAAAAAUGAGGCUACGUGAACUGGCCGCUGGACAAGUCCUCCAUGUUUCAUGCUAAAGGAUUACAUAAAAACAACAAUAACUUUGCAACGACUCUGCGACACGGCUACAAAGAAGCAACGCUCCAUUCCCAUACCAGUUGAAGCAGCUCCCCUCCAGUCACCACCCACGGUGAAGCCACUACAGUCAUUUAUUGGUGUUAAGUAUUGGAAAAAUCGAAAUCGAAGCACAAUGUCUCAGGAUAAUGGAAAAUCAGGCGGUGGAUUGCUGCUUUCAAGUCUGCUAAUAGUAAGCCUACAGUUAUUAAUUUUGCCACAUGUUGCCGACGCCCUAAAUUCAGGUACAGCCGCCACACCCGUGGAGCUUAACUUAGCAACGAGUCCAACUUCGAAUAAUUCUCUGGUCAAUGCAGUGACAACGAAUGCACCCGCCUCGGUGGCGUCAGCAGCAGCAUCGGCCACAGCUGUUUCCCUGCAAACAGCCCAGGUGGAUUCGGCCGAGACCAGCAGCGAACAGCCAGCAACUACAUCUUCGCCAACAACAACAUCAGCACCAGUUCAUGAAAUCAUUGGUUCGGCUGGACCCGACAAAAGUGAACAGGAAGCCAUUCUAAAAGCUCUGGCUUGGUUGAAGAAAAAACGUGCAGCCGAUUUUGGUUGGGGCAAUGACACUCAUGUUGUCAUUCUGGCCAAGGAGCUGUCCGGUGCCCAAGAUCCCUCAGAUCCUGAUGAUCAUCUGCAAAAAAUCCAAGAACUUGAAGAUACCCUGUCGGUGAAGGAGAUGGAAAUUGAAAUACUCUCAAUGCUGGACAGGCAUCACACCUUGCCGAAACCACUGAACUUGGAACGUUUGGCCCGUUAUGUUUUGGCCUUGGGUUCGCUGUGUAAGGAUCCCAAACAUUUCCAUGGUCACGAUUUGGUGGCCACCCUGCAGCAUCACGAACCGACACAGGAUAUUGAAUUUGCUCUGACCACACUGGCGGCGUGCAGUUCGGCGGCUCAUGUCCGUAAGAGGCAGAUACGUAGGCUCUUGGAUAUAGCCAGUGGGGUGGCAGAUCAAAAUGUCGAUACAAAUGCUAUGGUCAUUUUGGCUCUACGCUGCAUUGUCACUGAUCAUCGACACCGUCAUUUGCAACACUUUGUAAGGCGGCCCGCUCGUGGUUUGGCCAGCCUACAAGAUCCUCGCGGCAGUUUUGGUUCACUGCGCAGCACCGCCUUGGCCAUGCAAGCCCUGCAAGAUCUGGAGAACGAUCCAGCCGGUAGCUGGAAUAGAACGGCAGCAUCUCGUUGGAUUCUUAGCAGACAAGGUGCCGAGGGCGGUUGGACCGAACAACCCCUACAGGAUGGUCAAGAUCCCGAUAUUGGUGUUGGCCUUACUGCAGAUAUUAUUUUAGCUUUGGGCUGGAAAGGUUUGGGUGCCGUUCGUGCGCUACAAUGUGAUCAUGUUAUACGAGAAAAUAGCGAUACCGCCUCAGAAAAUGGCGAACAAAAAUUAGCAUUACCCUAUGGACUGACUGGCUCAUCGGCGGAGGAAUCGGAUUCGAAGAAUGUCUCGUACACAUAUACCCUGUGGGUGGGUACGAAUGUGUCGCAAAUUCUUACACUGAAUAUGGUGUCGCCCAAAAAUACCAGUUUCUUUAAGGCCAUGACCCAGGCGGCCGAAAUAGAUCCAAGGUUUGCUUUUGAGGCAAGAGAAUGGCCAAAUGGACAUUAUGUACACACACUGGCUGGCAUGAAAGAGGAACCAAGGGGCUAUAACUAUUGGUUACUCUAUCGCUUGCCUGAGAUUCCAGAUAAAGAUAACACACCCGGAAAUCAGCUAAUUGCCCCAGUUGGCGUUGAUGAACUGAUGGUCGAGGAUGGUGAACACUAUCUGUAUUGGUAUAAGAAACUUUAAAUGCAGCCUUUCCGCAACAAGGAAACUCCGUCUAUAACCUAUUGAAAAAGAAAAACUCCACACACUCACACACACCGACACACAAAUGCAAAUUUUCCAACAUUAUCUCUUAAACUCCUUUAACUAUGACUCCUAUUCUGUAAUUCUUUAUUUCUUCUGUUCCCCUUUGUUUGGUUUAAAUCAGAAUUUUGAAAGGCAUUUCUAGUUAUCAACAUCUUAGCAGCCGUUGUCGUCGUUGAAAAAAAUCAAAACCAAUAUAUAUAUAUGUACAUCUCGAUCAAUAAUACGACCCAUGGUGAUACAACAACCAUUACUCAACAUUGUUUUCAAUGGACGCUUGCAUUCCUUAAGAUAUUGGAACAAAAAAAAAGAAUAACCGAUACCAAUUUUAAAAACACUGUAGUUAACCGAAAAACAAAAAAACAACAACAUAUGUGAUGGCCAGCAACAACAACUAAAAUAAAAACAAAAAAUUGAAAACCGCUUAAACAUAAAUCCAAAACCAAGUAUAAAUCUAAAUAUUAAAAAAAGGAAAACAAAUAAAGAAAUUUAAAAAAAAAAAUACAAACUGCAGCUAAACAUUGACUAUUGGUCUACCAACAAUAGCCUUAGGGCAAAGUUUCCAACGCAAGCAUCGAACUAAUGACAAGGGAAUACCAGCAGAACAAAAGGAGGAGCUCUCACCAAAGAUCGUCAUCGUUUUCACUUUCUCCAAACUGACGACUUCCAUACACAUACACACACACAAGACGUACCCGACAGAAGCAUGAUUUUGCAAAACUAUUACUCGGCAGACAAAGCUAAGAGAAAAUUCCAUAACAGGAUUUUUUUUUUCAUGAGGCCUUUUCUCUGUUUGCGAAUGAAUGCCGAAUUAGACAAACCCCAAGAUUUAUUUAGACCGUCAGACACCGUUCGUAACAAUAAGUGAUUAUAAAUCAUACUCUAAAAAAGAACUAAAAAAACAAAGAACAAGACAGAAAAUAACAAUUCAUAAAUAUUUACAUUCAUUAUAUAUUCAUUAACGUACAUACUACCAUCAUCAUAGCAUCAUAUAACUAACAUACGAUACCAUAGUACAUACAUACAUACAAUGUAGAUAUUUUUUGCGACUAAAUCAAAUAUUAUUUUGAUAUACGAAAAAAGAAAACCAAAAAAAUAAAAAUAUUAUUAUUAAUAAUAAUAAUGAAAAUAUUGAAAAUAAAUAUACAAAAAGCAACAAGCAAAGCGAAUAUGAUGUAUGCUCUACUAAAAAAAAAACUAAAAGAAAUUGCAACAAUACGAACAAAAAUAUAAAACCACAAGAAAAUAGAAAACAAAAAACAAACUUAUAUUAAAUAUUGGUUCCAAAACAAACAAACAAAAGAAAAAGGAAAAACCAAAUAUCUAUCAUAUGCUCUAUUUAAUCUCCAGUAAAUUAUAGCUAUCACUUUCUUCUCCGCCCAUCUAGAUGACACCACCCAGCCGCCCACCCACUUGUUCCCAAAAAAAAAAACUUCCAUUUCAUUUCGUUUUUUCUUCUUCUUCCAUUUAGUCCCUUUUCUCUCCCAAAUUCCAUUUCAAAAUUGUAAAAUUCUUUUCUCCUUAAUUCAGUUUCCACAACAAAAAGUCUCCACUCAAUCUAUGUAUGUAUUUAUUAUUAUUAUUAUGCUUAACUAUUGCAGUAUUUGUUUAUUGAUAAAAACUGCUUCAAAAAAGAGAAUAAAGAAUCAUAAUAUGCGUU